AUGCCAAAUCCUUCCGAUGAUGCGAGUUCCAGCACCGACGCACCGACUGUUCGGUGGCAGUUUAUCGAUUCUUCAAACAAUAGUCGGACCAACUUGACACAAGUCAAGCGCCAUGUUAUGCAAGAGUAUAUGCGUCAGAAGAAAGGCACUCACCAAAGUGAAAGUGAAGAAGAGCGCCCGCAAGCAAAACGCGGGAGACCCAGGAAGCCUCGCGCAAAACGAACAGUGGGAAAGAAGUCGAGAUCGGAUAGCGACAGUAAUGACAAUCGCAAUCCAACCCGGAAGAAAAAUCCCGCCAAGAAAACGUCACAUCUUCAAGAGGAUGAUUCUAACGUUGCAGAGAUUCGCCGCGAUAUGCCUGCAGAUUUCACAUCCAACCCCCGAUUUCAUGGAUCCGACGAUGUGGCAGUAUUUCUGCCUUUCCGGCCAUCACCCACCCAAUCGGACCUGGGCUUCUUCUCCGACUCAUACGUCGCCGGAUCUUCAUAUAGUUCCCAGAGUCAUUCUCUGGAUUUUAACAGUUUUUCGUGGUCAUCAGCACCUACGACACCAAACCAGCUCAUGCAUUCACCAAGAACCAUCAUGAGUGCUGCCCGGACUGACCCAUUUAACACACUGCCCAUCGAGCUGGAUCUGGAUGGGCAAAGACUAUUCGACUUCUACGUGAAUACUAUGCCAGCUUGCUCCUACGGAUCCCAUUUUCGGUCGGCCAAGGCCCACAAUUGGUAUACUGCUGUUUUUGUACCAGAAGCAAUGAAGGGCGCUGUUGCUUUUCAAAACACUAUUCUCGUCCAUGCAUCCAAUACAUGGUCUUGGGUGCGCAACGAGGGCCAGACCUCCAAUACACUGCUGCAUCGAGACCGUGCGGUCUCGAUGCUACGAGAACACCUUUCUACAAACCCCCACGAUAUCUCCGAUGUCGCGAUCAUCUCAUGUCUCAGCGCUGCAGCUCUAGAGGACUUUGAUCCGCGACCAGGACGGAAAGAAAUCAGCUGGAUACAUAUGCGAGCUGCACGCGAGAUGAUCCGAGCGCGCGGCGGCCCUGCUGCAUUUGCGUAUACCCGUCUCGGCAUGCUGAUCAACUGGCAAGACUAUAUCCUGUCUGGAUACGAGACUCAUGGACCAAGUUUCUCCUACGAGUGCGAACAGUCUCCGACAGUGACACACGGGACUGCAGCAUACCAACCCAGUCAUCCCCACUCAAUGCCCUCACCACCAUACUCCGACUCCUCUACCCUCUCCGAAAUAUCCCCCUGCCUAGAAACAAGAACAAGUCCAAUCCCAGGCUCGAUAUCGCCAAUAGACGAGAUCAAGCUCCAAUGCGAAGAAUUCCUCGAUCUGCUUCGCCGCUGCGAGCAAGUCGCCCUAUACCAGCGCGACAGCCCCGACUCAUGCCAUCCCCGCCGACAAGCCGCAGUCCACCAUACAUCCCUCCUCUACCAAGUCCUCGCGGCACCCCCAGGCGCCCGCUUCUCUACGUCAGGCAACCGCAAACAGAUGGUCGCCCGCCUAGCAGCCCUGAUCAUCCUCAAUGCCGCCAUGUGGGACUACCGGUACACCCCGACGCGCGCAGCACUAUUCCUGCACACACUCGAGAAAGCCAUGAUCAACAGCGAGGUUGGGAUGAGCGGCUCCAUUGAAGCGAUUCUUCAGAUUCUCCUGGAAUGCAACGACGGCAGUCUGGACGACUGCUCCCUCGGGCCGGAUGGCAUGUCCACGGGUUUGCUAGAGGAUGCCCCUGACUACUCGCAGUACUCAGCGAGUGCGCCGUCGCCUGCUGCGCGGCCGUGGUUUGCUGGCCGGAUGCUGAAGAUUGCGAAGAGAUUAAGCUCGGCGUCUUGGUACCGGGUUAGUGAGUUUUUGUUUUCGUGCUUGGCUCUGCAGGUGCAGGAUUUAGGUAUGGCGUUCUGGGAAGCGGAUCUUCGGAAGGAGAUUUUGGAUGCGCCCUUGACGAGUUACCAUAUGCGUUCGUUGAUUGGGUGA